AUGGAAUCUUACGACGAUCCCGAGGUUGCGUCUCCCGACGCUCCUGAGGUUGCCGACUCGGCCUCGGCCGCCGAGGGUGCUUCUGCUGUCGGUUCCGAUGCUGGAGAGGCUCCUGUUGAAGGUGUGCUCUCUGGUGUCGGUCCCAACGCCGAGGCUGCUCACAAGGUUGCUCGGGACAAGGGUUGGACUGACCCAGUUCCCUUCGAGUAUGCUGAGCUUGCUAAUAACAAGGAUCAUCUGGAGUGGGCUGGAGUUGCUGUCCGUUACGAAUGGAAGGACGAAUAUGGUGACGUUGGUCCUGCCGUCCCUGAAUUGGAGGACCAGCUUUUCCACGGCGACCUGAUUGCUCGCCCCGGUGCUAAGCUCGACGCGCUGAACAACUACAAGGUCAACAUCGAGAGUCCAAACGAGGUCAAGGCGGUUACCGAGUGGGUAAACUUUGGCUUGCAUCCGGUCAUGCUGGAGAACAUUCGUCUCUGCGGGUACGAAAGUCCCACCGCGGUGCAGUCUUAUGCAAUUCCGGCUGUUCUAGCCAACCUUGAUGUUAUUGCCGUGGCCCAAACUGGCUCUGGAAAGACGGGCGCCUUCCUCAUUCCAAUUCUUUCCAAGUUGAUGGGCAAGGCGAGGAAGCUGGCUGCCCCUCGGCCUAACACCGCGGAAAGAUUUAACCCAAGGGAGGAUGCUGUUCGAGCAGAGCCACUGGUCCUGAUCGUCUGUCCCACCCGUGAAUUGGCGACUCAGAUAUUUGAUGAAUCGCGUCGUCUGUGCUAUCGCUCCAUGCUGCGUCCGUGUGUUGCUUAUGGCGGUGCUCCUGCUCGCCUCCAGCGUGAGGAGCUUCAGAAAGGAUGCGAUAUCCUGAUUGCCACUCCAGGCCGUCUCCUUGAUUUCAUGGCACAGACUCAUGUUCUUUCUCUCCGCCGCGUUAGGUACACCGUCAUUGACGAGGCGGAUGAGAUGCUGGAAUCUGACUGGGAAGAAGAGUUCAAGAAGAUAAUGUCAGGAGGAGAUGUGAAUGAGGAUGAUGAUCACCGCUACAUGAUGUUCUCCGCUACCUUCAACAAAGAGUUCCGGAAACUUGCAAAGCAAUACCUCAGCCAGGACCAUGUGCGCCUCCGUGUUGGCCGAGCUGGCAGUUCACACCUCAAUGUUGUGCAGGACAUCGUCUGGGUCGAUCAGCCGAAGAAGAUGGGCGCACUCUAUGACCUUCUGAUCAGCAUGCCGCCUGUUCGCACCUUGAUUUUCGUCAACAGCAAGGAGCAGGUUGACUUCGUCGAUGACUACCUCUACAACUCUGGAAUGCCUACCACCUCGAUUCACAGUGGACGGACUCAACGUGAACGCGAGGAUGCUAUGCGUGCCUUCCGGUCUGCGAAGUGUCCCAUCAUGGUUGCUACCGGCGUCUCCGCUCGUGGGCUUGAUGUGAUCAAUGUGCUCCACGUCGUCAACUACGAUCUCCCCAGCCGUACUGCUCGCAUUGGCAACGAAGGCAUCGCCACCUCCUUCUACAAUGAGCGCGAUGAGGGCAUUGCCGAGGAUCUUGUUAAAAUCUUGAUCGAAUGCAAGCAAGUGAUCCCGGAGUUCCUUGAGCAGUACCGCCCUGAGGGUGAUGUGCUGGAGUUUGACGAUGACUCGGACAAGGACUUCUUCGAUAAUCAGUCUAACGCUGGCUCUGAUGCUGAGGCUGACCAUGAAGCUGACUCCAACGCUGAUGCGGAAUCUGCUGUCGCUGAAGCUGAGGCUGAAGAGAGUGACAAGGUGGUUGCAGACGAUGGCGAGGAUGACAAGCCUGCUGUUCCCAGGCCCACUAUUACAUCCGAGGAGGAGGAAGAGGCUUCUACAUGGUGGGGGCCUACCACAACCGUGACUGAACGCAAGAAGCCGAGGGAAGAAGCCAAGCCCAAGGAUACCAAGGCUGGCCUGGCUGGUUCCAACUGGGCCCCGAAGCCAAAGCCCGCUCCCAAGGAUGAUGAUCCUUUCUGGCAGUAG